UUAUGAAAACAUGAUAUUAUAACAGCAAAUAUAAUGACAGUAACUAGUAACAUUAGCGAUAACUUAGCUAAUUCGAAUUGUGUACAUGAUGAAUCUUCAAACUGGAAUACGUUGUAUUGCUCGCAUCUUUGGACAGAUAGCCAAGCCAGAACAGCGAUUAUUAAUGCGCCUAAUAAGAACAAUAAAGCCAUUAAAUAUUGUUAUACCUGUAGAGGGAAAAUAAGAAAUUAUGGGAUUACACCUUCAAAGACAAUUUUUUCCCCAAACAAUCAUUCGACUCCAAAAGGAAAUUCGUCACACUCAUUAAUAGAACCGCAUACUGGAUUGGUUGAAAAAAACUUAGAUAGCUUUAGUCAUAAGGAUAAAUCUAAAGAUAGAAUAACUUCUAUUACUGAUAUUAACAUAAAUAAUGCUGAACUGUCACAGUACAUUCCGACUAUAUCUCGACAAGUUGAUGUCAGUUUCCGUCAUAAAUAUACAAGUACACAAUAUGAAUUGUGCACUUCAGAUUUAAGCCAACGAAGACUGAGAAAAGGCCUAAGAGGCAUUGGAUGUAUAGUAAACUUUUCAUUGACUGAAAGUCCUAAGACAAAAAGAACACAGAUUCAAGCGUGCUCAAUAUGCCUGAUGAUUAUUGCAAUAGUUAUUAUAAGUUUGGUUCUAGUUAACUAUACCACUCUUAAUUUUAUGUAUGAUGCGAAUAUUACGAGUACAACCUUAGUGCCAAUUGAAAAAAUAGACCUUAAUGAAACAUCUUCAGCUAUUAUCAGUAGAUCUACAGAUAUGCCAGCAUUAACUGAAUCUACUGAGAAAGUGUAUAAAGAAAUAAGCUCAACUGAUGAUCCUUUUCUAUUGACCACUACUAAAAAUAGUUCUCAUAUAAGCAACGUUAUUUUAAAAAUACGUAAGAAUAUUAAAACAUAUCCAAGGGAUGGAAAAAACACUCACGAUAGUAAAAUGCCAAAAGAUGUUAUAAACAGAGAUUUGUCAAAAAGAUUUUGCUCGUGCCAAAAAAAUGAAGUGUGUAUGUUAGACGAGAUAAAUGGUGUCUCGAUCUGCAAAAUUGCUCUAGAUAUGGAUGAUCCUACAGGGUGCGGUGGAUUAUGUGCCAUGGAAACGGAAGCUUGCCAACUUGUAGACAAAGCUCGCGGGGUUCGCGUCUGCCGAUUAUUAACGCAAGCGGCAUGUUCAUCUGAAGACUGGCGUUGUCGAAACGGCUUUUGCGUACCUUCAACUGCCCGAUGUGAUGGAUCUAUCCAAUGCUACGAUCGUUCAGAUGAAAUGCAUUGUGAUUGUGAUUUAACGAAACAAUUUCGAUGUGGGCAUUCUAUAUCAUGUUUUCCCAAUAAAAAAAUGUGUGAUGGAUCUAUCGAUUGUUGGGAUGGUUUUGAUGAACUUAACUGCACGAUAGAAUGUCCUGAAGAUCAAUUUACAUGUACAGAUGGGCAAUGCAUAAUGUCAUCGAGGUUUUGUGACGGCUUGGCUGAUUGUGCAGAUGGCAGUGAUGAGCCUCAGGGUUGCGAUGCGGCUUGCGGGACACAUGAAAUACAGUGCAAGAAUAACCGUUGUGUAUCACGUGGGGUCCACUGUGAUGGUAAAGAUGAUUGUGGGGACAGUUCGGAUGAAUCACAUUGCUCUUGAUUGUAAUCGCAUCGCGUGUAAACAGCUAUUAUGGUAAUUGACUAUUCGUGUUUC